UGUAGUUUACUAAAAUGUAUUAUGUGUGUCGUUCGGGAGUGCAGCAAAUUAAAAUUAUAGGGAGUAUAUAAUUUCUGGAAGUGAGAAUAGUAAUACAUUUUCAAAUAAUCUAACAAACUCUCAGCCAUUGGAAGUCGGUUGCCGCUCUGCCUCUGUUGACCAGAAAGUCACGUGACCCGUUUACUGAAUAUUCUACUGACACGGCUGUCUAAGUACUUCUACUUGAGAGUGUGCUUCAGGUUUUAAAGGAAAUACCUAAACAACAUGGUUCCGCAUGGGGGUCCUGGCGGAGUGAACACUUCUUUGGGAGGCUCCCUAGCACAACCAAAUCCCACCAAAACUUCAAGUUCCGGACUGAAACCAAACUACACAUUGAAGUUUACACUUGCUGGACAUACGAAAGCAGUUUCUUCGGUUAAGUUCAGUCCCAAUGGAGAGUGGUUGGCCAGUUCGUCUGCUGAUAAGUUAAUCAAAAUCUGGGGUGCCUAUGAUGGCAAGUUUGAGAAGACGAUUUCCGGACACAAAUUGGGCAUUUCAGAUGUAGCUUGGUCUAGUGACAGUCGUCUGCUAGUCAGUGCAUCAGACGACAAGACACUCAAGAUCUGGGAACUAAGCUCGGGCAAAUGUUUAAAAACACUUAAGGGUCACAGUAAUUAUGUGUUUUGCUGUAACUUCAACCCACAGUCAAAUCUGAUUGUGUCCGGUUCGUUUGAUGAAAGUGUGAGGAUAUGGGAUGUCCGUACUGGUAAAUGUUUGAAAACUCUACCAGCCCACUCAGAUCCAGUGAGUGCUGUGCACUUCAAUAGGGAUGGAUCUCUCAUAGUAUCUAGCAGCUACGACGGCUUAUGCCGAAUUUGGGACACAGCCUCAGGACAGUGUCUGAAAACCCUUAUUGACGAUGACAAUCCCCCAGUGUCAUUUGUCAAGUUCUCGCCCAAUGGGAAGUACAUUUUGGCAGCCACAUUAGACAACACGUUAAAACUGUGGGAUUACAGCAAGGGCAAGUGCUUGAAAACAUAUACGGGGCAUCGAAACGAGAAGUAUUGCAUCUUCGCUAACUUCUCAGUGACUGGUGGAAAGUGGAUUGUGUCAGGUUCUGAAGACAACCUAGUGUACAUUUGGAAUUUACAAACCAAGGAAAUUGUACAGAAACUUCAAGGACACACAGAUGUCGUACUAUGCACCACUUGCCAUCCCACAGAAAACAUCAUCGCUUCUGCAGCUCUCGAGCAAGAUAAAACAAUAAAGUUGUGGAAAAGUGAUACGUAGCCUGUACUUAUAGCGUCCUUUCUGCAUUAUUUAUGUGUACAAGCCCCUGUUCUUUUUUGUAAAAAGGUUUUUUUUAUCAGAUCGAUGUACAUUUUAAGGCAAUAAAAUCUGUGUUUUAAUUUCAA